AUGACACAUAUCGUUGAAUCUCAUGAUGAUGCACCGAAUGACAGUGUUGGCAAUCUUGAUACUAAUCCUUCUCAAACUGCUAUAGACCUCAAGUCUGACUGGGACUCAAGCUCAACAUAUUGGUGCUAUGUUAGCAACUCUGAAUUUGGAGACCUAUCAAAGUCUUCUAUUCCAGAUAAUUAUUUAACAUAUUCUAAGCCUCGUGAUAAAAUUUCAUCUGAGCAUACCGCCGACGACAUUCCUUGGCCCAGAAUUAAAGCAAGAAUAUUUAAAUCAAAUGAUCAAAGUUCUACGGAUUCAUUAGUUAAAAAGGAACCAAAAUCUAAUGUUAAAAGAAAGAAUCAUGGAACCAGAGUUUGUUAUCGACGUGGGGAUGCCUCUCACAAAGAUGAGCUGAAUGAAUUUAAACAUCAUUGUGUGUGGACUCUUGUUCCAAAGCCUCAAGGAAGAACUAUCAUUGGCACUUGCUGGGUGUUCAGAAACAAUAUGGAUGAAGAUGGGAUCCUUAUUAGAAAUAAAGCAAGACUUGUGGCCCAAGGAUUUUGUCAGCUGGAAGGAUUUAACUAUGACGAUAUGUUUGCCCCUGUUGCUAGACUUGAAGCAAUUUGUUUUUUUUAUUUUGAUUCAUUCAAUAACUUCGAUGUGUAUCAAAUGGAUGUUAAGACUGCCUUCUUACAUUAG